CAGACAACAAAGUCCACAGCACCAUACGAUACGAGUACACCAGCAAGCUCAACUCACAAAAAUCACAACACACACACACACGCACACACACACAUUAUCGAGACAACAAGACACAUUAAGCAGCCAUGGCCAACGUGUGCAGCCUCAUCUUGCUCAUCCUCAUCACCCUCCUCUUCCCUCCUGUCGGUGUGGUCAUCGUUGCCGGCUGCGGUGCAGAUGUCCUGAUCAACAUCGGACUGACACUGCUAGGCUACAUCCCUGGUCACAUCCACGCCUUCUACAUCAUCUAUGUCUACUACUCCCGCCAAGAGGCUGCCCGUGCCUACGACCGCGCCCCUGGCAUCUACAGCGAGCGCGUCCAGACGGGUGGUCACAAGCAUGUCGCCGCUGAGCCCGUCGGCCCGCCCCAGGGACAGUAUGGCACCAUGCAGUAGUGGGAAAGGUGGCUGCAUGAGCCGACGGUCAGGCCAGGUCUGUUCAAAGAGCAGGGUGCACCGAUUGUUGACGAGGGUGAUGUCGCCGUGACAUGAUGAUGGGAGCUUCUCUUCUUGUCUCACUUCUCCCUUGGGCCUGGGGCCUGACAGGAGAGGCUUUGGAAGGACCAUUUUGGCACCACGCGUGAUUCGGUUUGUGCCGGCUGUGUCGGCUCAUUUGAUUUGGGAGGAUAGGUCUGGGAAGAGAGACACACACAAGGGUUAAUAUGAUAGAUGGAGAGCAUGGGAGAUGGGACGAGGCCACAAAUGAUACCAUUGCGCGUAUUCGAAUGAAUUCAUUAAUACCUUUCUUUUCAC